AUGAUUCUGACGGGGAUAACUUUAAAACAGCUGUCUUCUGCAGUAGUAGGAGUCGGUGCAGGUUCUGCUGUUACUUAUUAUUUUGUAAAUAAACCCGAGGAGCUUAAGUUCCCAAGUGUUGUCGUGGAUGAAAGGAAAAGAGAGAAGAAUGGAUUAUCGAAGAAAUUGAAUAUUAAUCCAGAAGGAUUUUUUAAGUAUGGUUUUCCUGGUCCUAUUCAUGAUGUGCAACGAAGAGAUCAGUUUAUUUCAUGCUAUGAUAGAAAAACGAGAAAUCCUUACUGGGUACUUGAACAUAUCACACCAGAAGCAUUAUCUGUGAGAGACAGUGAUAGAAAAAAGUCUAUAUUCAAAGAGGAUGAGUCAAUUCCCGCAAUGUUCAGAGGAAAAUUGAAGGAUUAUUUCAGAUCUGGUUAUGAUAGAGGUCAUCAAGUGCCAGCGGCUGAUGCAAAGUUCUCUCAAGACGCCAUGGAUGAUACCUUUUACCUCACAAACAUGUGCCCACAGAUUGGUGAAGGCUUUAACAGGGACUAUUGGGCUCAUUUUGAAUAUUUCUGUAGAGGUUUGACUAAGAAAUUUAAAAGUAUUAGAAUAAUGACAGGUCCCCUAUACUUACCGAAAAGAGAUGAAAUUGAUGGAAAGCUCAAGGUCACAUAUGAAGUUAUUGGUAACCCGCCUAAUGUUGCUGUUCCAACCCAUUUUUUUAAGUUAAUUGUUGCUGAAGGCAGCAAUGCCAAAACUGAAGAUAUUUAUACAGCAGCUUUUGUGCUACCGAAUUCUCCCAUCCCAAAUGAAACUAAGUUAACUGAUUUUGAAAUUCCGAUUAGUGCAUUAGAGAGAAGUACAGGUCUGGAACUUUUGCAGAAACUUCCAAAAGAAAAGCAGCUUUCUUUAUGUGAAGAAGUCGAUUGUCAGAUUGUUGUGAGAGAGUUUAACAAUUCCACAAAACAACUACCAAAAAAAACAGUACCUGCUCUACCAGUCCAAAAGGCUUAG